AUGUUAAAGGGUCUUCAACUCACGUAUAACUCUCCGUGGAACUUUCAGUUCAAAUCGUUGUUUUUGGGCAGCCGAGACAACAGAUGGGCAUUUCUCGAGCGAGCUGUCAGCUACCAGAAAUGUCUUCGAGCUGGAGGAAAGCAUAAUGACCUCGAACGUGGGCGAGAUCUCCAUCACCAGACGUUCUUCGAGAUGCUUGGCAAUUGGUCGUUUAACAAUUCUUACUCCAAGGAAGAUGCGUGCAGAUUAGCGUGGUACUUUCUUACGGAUAUCCUAAACAUUGAUCCAUCUCGUUUGAUAUGUCACAGUACUUUGGUGGCUCAAACAAGAAUCGAAGCUUGCAGCCGACGAGAACUGAGAAUUUGCUCACUGGGCGGCGGUACCUAG